AUGAAGAUUGACGAGGACGGUCGCGUCAUGGAGUUCUCGGAGAAGCCUCAAGGAGCAGAGCUUGACAAGAUGAAGGUGGACACAACGAACGUGGGUCUGGAUCCCCAGGAGGCAGCGAAGCGGCCAUUUAUUGCGUCCAUGGGGAUCUACGUCAUCAGCAGGGAGGCUCUGCCUCGCCUCCUUCUCGAGCAAUUCCCAGACGCCAAUGAUUUUGGGCGGGAAGUCAUCCCUUCUGCCUGUGCCAACGGAUCCAAGGUGCAAGCGUACAUCUAUGAUGGGUACUGGGAGGACAUUGGGUCUAUUGAUGCUUUCUACCAUGCCAACCUCAGACUCACCAAGCCCAACCCCCCCUUCACGUUCUAUGAUCGGUCCGCGCCUAUAUUCACUCAGUCCCGCUCUCUGCCUCCUUCCAAGCUGAACAACGUUGACAUUUCUGGCAGCGUUAUCGGGGAAGGCUGCAUCUUGCAUGAGUGUGCCAUUCACGACUCAAUGGUGGGCCUGCGGUCAAUAGUUGGUGCAGGGUCAUCGAUCCACGACAGCUUGCUCCUAGGAGCAGACUAUUAUGAGGAUGAGGAUGAGCUGCAGAGGGUGAUUGCAUCCGGGCAGAUGCCCAUUGGUGUUGGGAGAAAUUCGGUCAUCAAGGGAGCUAUCCUUGACAAGAACGCCCGAAUUGGAGACAAUGUGCAU